CCGUCGGAAGCCGGAGAGCGGCAGAGCCGGAGCCGGGUGGUGCGGCGCGGCGGGCGCUGAGGCGGGCGCUGCGGGAUGCGCUCCCGCCGCCGCGGGGGCGCCGGGCAGCCCCCCUGGCCCGUGCCCAGGAUGCUGGUACUGUGCCUGCUGUUCCUGGCCUGGCUCAGCGAAGGCUCCCAGCGCAGCGAGCCCAUGUUCACAGCCGUCACCCACCGCCUCCUCCCACCUGACUACGACAGCAACCCCACACAGCUCAACUAUGGUGUGGCCGUCACUGACCUGGAUGCUGACGGUGACUUUGAGAUUGUGGUGGCAGGGUACAAUGGCCCCAACCUGGUGCUCAAGUAUGACAAGGCGCAGGGGCGGCUGGUGAACGUGGCGGAGGAUGAGCGAGGCUCCCCGUACUACGCGCUGCGGGACCGGCAGGGCAACGCCAUCGGUGUGACGGCCUGCGACAUUGACGGGGACGGCCGCGAGGAGAUCUACUUCCUCAAUACCAACAAUGCCUUCUCCGGCAUAGCCACCUACACGGACAAGCUCUUCAAGCUCCGCAAUGGGCGCUGGGAGGACCUCCUGAGCGAUGAGGUGAACCGGGAUGUGGCCAGCCGAUUUGCCGGGCGCUCUGUUGCCUGCGUGGACCGGACGGGCUCUGGCAGGUACUCCAUCUACAUCGCCAACUACGCCAGCGGCAACGUGGGCCCCCACGCCCUGAUAGAGAUGGACGUGGCUGCCAGUGACCCUGCCCGCGGCGUCGUGGUGCUGGUGGACGUGGCUGCCCAGGCUGGCGUCAGCAAGUACACAGGGGGUCGUGGGGUGGCCGUGGGCCCUAUCCUGAGUGACAGCGCCUCCGACAUAUUCUGUGGUAACGAGAACAGCCCCAAUUUCCUCUUCCACAACCGUGGGGAUGGGACAUACCAGGACGUGGCGGCUGCUGUGGGGCUGGAUGACCCCUACCAGCACGGACGCGGCGUGGCACUGGCUGACUUCAACCGUGAUGGACGAGUGGACAUCGUCUACGGCAACUGGAACGGGCCGCACCGCCUCUACCUGCAGAGUGGGGUCCCUGGGCGCGUCCGAUUCCGGGACAUUGCCACCCCCAAGUUCUCCAUGCCAUCCCCUGUCCGCACUGUCAUCGCAGCCGACUUUGACAAUGACCAGGAGCUGGAGGUUUUCUUCAACAAUAUCGCCUACCGCGGCUCCUCCGCCAACCGCCUCUUCCGGCUCAUCCGCAGGGAGCACUCGGACCCCAUCCUGGAAGAGCUGAAUCCGGGGGAUGCGCUGGAGCCUGAGGGACGGGGCACGGGGGGUGCAGUGACAGAUUUUGAUGGUGAUGGGAUGCUGGACCUCAUCCUGUCGCACGGCGAGUCCAUGGCACAGCCAAUCUCCAUCUUCAAGGGCACCCAGGGCACCAGCAACAACUGGCUGCGCGUCAUCCCCCGCACCCGCUUUGGGGCCUUUGCACGGGGGGCCAAAGUGGUGCUGUUCACUCGGCACAGUGGUGCCCACCUGCGCAUCAUCGACGGCGGAUCAGGGUACCUCUGUGAGAUGGAGCCUGUGGCACACUUCGGACUGGGGCAUGACGAAGCCAGCAGCCUGGAGGUGACCUGGCCAGAUGGCCGCGUUGUGGUGCGAGCUGUGGCCAGCAGUGAGACCAACUCUGUCCUGGAGGUCCCCUACCCCCUGGACAUGGAGGAGCCACUCAUGCCUGCCCCGUUGGAGUGUGGACAGGGAUUCUCCCAGCACGAGAACGGACGCUGCGUAGACAUGGACGAGUGCGCUGAGUUUCCCUUCGUCUGCCCCCGGGACAAGCCUGUCUGCAUCAACACCUACGGCGGGUACCGCUGCCGCAGCAACAAGCGCUGCAGCCGGGGCUUUGAGCCCAAUGAGGAUGGCACAGCUUGCGUGGCUCAAGUGGCCUUUUUUGGGGGAUACCCCUCCACUGGGAGCUGGCCUGGGCCCCCCCACAGCGCCCUCCUCCCUCUAGUCCUCGGACUCUGCCUUUGCCUCUAUGCACUUUAACCCCUGCCUGUAACACGCCAGAGCAGCCUUGGUGGAAGGACCAGCCGGCCUCUGCCUGUCUCUCUUUUUCUCUCUCUUUCUCUCUUUCUCUCCAUGUUGAACAACCCUGGGAGUGCUGGCUGUGCCCUGCUGGGGUGGCCUGCGGUGGGGCAGGCACGGAGCCUGGUUGCCUGGCUGUGGCGGGGGGACUCACCCCUUGCACCAUGUCUGGGAAAGCAGCCCCGGGGCAGCGCCCCUUUGCUGGCACCUCCCCACCUGGUUCCUUGCUCCGUCGCCUCGAUACCGUACCAUGUGCCUGCUGGUUUGGCCUGCGACGUGUGUGCUUCACCUCCCCCCCUCCUCCGUGACAGGGACCCCCCUCCCCAGCCCCGGCAGAGGAGGAUUGUCCCUGGCUCUGCGGGGGAAGGACCCUCCUGGUCUGUUUUUUAACGUAUUGACCUCACUGUUUGGAGUCGGACCCUGCUCAGUCUUCCAGUCCCUCUCCCGGAGAACUCCUCAAUAAACUAUAUCCUGUCUAUUAG